CGCAGGAGGCGUCGCAGGGGCCGUGCACGCUUCUGCUUCCGGGUCGGUGGAUGUAAACACAAGGACGUUCCGCCUCCUGCAGACAGCGGACAGAAAACAUGACCAAACUGGAGAUGCUCAACGCGUUUCUGAACGAGAGGCUGACCGCGGCCGCGGAGGAGAUCUUCCGCGCCGUGAAGAGCACCGUGGCGGAGUACCAGGGCGAGAUCCUGCGCUCCAAGGAGGAGAACGAGCGGCUCAAGCGGCUGCUGAACGUGGCCGUCCAGCGGCUCCUGCUGCAGCCAGAGCCUCCCUCUGUCGAGCCCCAGGAGGACGCUCGGCCCCGUGAAACGGAGGGGAGCCUCAGCGUGGAGCCGCUGCCGCAUAUCAAAGAGGAGCCAAAGCGCCGGGACGGUCCCGCGGAUUCGUCACGGGAGGCCAGCGCCCCGGAGGAAGGAAGCUGCGGUCGCCUGGGGCCUCCGCUCGGGUCACAUCCUUCUCCGUCCCCAGCGCCACCCGCCUCUCGGGAGGUGAAGUCCGAGCGCGCCGGGGAGGCCGGCAGCUCGCCGCCGCCCGCGACCGUUCACUCCAACGGCAGAGCGGCUCCGGGCGACUCGCGGGCCGCCGCCAACAGCCACAGGACAGCCCGGGGCUUCCUGCGCGCAAACGGCAAGCAGAGCGCGCACAUACUGCAGAUAAAAAGCGUCCGAUCCCUGAAGCCGCUGCCCGCCCGCUCCUCUCACCCGGGCCAGAGCAUACAGAGGUGGCACAGCUGCAAGGAGUGCGGCAAGGGCUUCAGCUUCGCCUGCCAGCUGGAGGUCCACAUGCGCUGGCACACAAAGGAGAAGCCGUACAGCUGCGCCGUGUGCCGCAAGAGCUUCACCACGGUCAGCAUGCUCAAGCGGCACCACCGCAUCCACACGGGGGAGAAGCCCUUCCGCUGCCACGUCUGUGGCAAAUGUUUCAACCAGUCGGCGCACCUCAACACCCAUUUCAGGCUGCACAGCAGAGAGCGGGCCGGCUGGGGCCGGGCGCCACUCGCCAAAUGAACAGACUGACCAACGUGUGUAAACUCUUUAAGAGGCCGAAUGUCACCUGCAAACAAUGUACAAUAAAUGUGUGUGACGGUGUGUCUUCUCCCUUGUGCAAUAAAGUGUGGUACAUCA